AUGGAAACAGAACCAACGUUAGCCCCGGCGACAUUCACCGAUUCCAACCCCCAAACACAAUGUCCCUUAUUUUCCCUCCCUCCAGAAAUCCGAUAUGAAAUAUUUGCCUGUGCUCUAAGCAGCGCCCCAGAUACAACUCAGCCUAUCGACCAAGAUGCAUACUGCACUCGACCGGGCUAUGAAACCAUCUCUCAUACAUAUACGGAACUCCUUCGAACCUGCAAACGGAUUUACAUGGAAGCAUGGUUUAUGCCAUUCCUCUGCUCAGAACACUCCUUUUACAUGGCCUGGCGACAGCGCUCCCCAAAACGCGUGAUGUCCGUUCCUAGAAUGCAAGCCUGUCUUGAUUUUAUUCACGCGCGCCAUGGAGAGGUACAAGGCGGAAGUGUGCGGAUCUUCCCACAACUGUGGGCUCUGCAGGGUACCAAGGACUGCGGUGGAGUCUUUAGUAUGAGGAACUUCCAUCCGAAAACCGUCACAAUCACGAUAAGAUAUACCGAUACAUGGGAGUGGGAAUAUAAUAAAGCGUUAUAUAUGGAAGGAGCUUGGGCUGGGAGGGUUCGACUUCCGGCUAGCGUGACGAAGUUCAAAAUAGACUUUGAAAGUAUUGAGAGGAGAAAGGACGAAGUCGAUCAUAUCGCGCGUGAACUCGCGGAGAAAUGGCGAUUCAGGAGAUCUGACGGCGUGGAUAUGGUGGCAUCAGGGGAGGAUUGUAUCAGUUUUUCUCGUUGGACGGGUAGCUCGACGUUAGGUGGUCAAAGAUGGCUGCGUGAUGAGACACGUCCAGGUCAGCUUGACUAUUAUGUUGGCACUGUUACUUGGCGUCCUUCGAAGGAACCACCGACGAAUGGUCCACUUUCCAACCCUCGUGUACAGGUGACAUCGGAUCGCCCUGCUGUGAAAUCACUGAGAUAUACCAGUGUCUCAACGGACAGACUUCGGAACGCUGGUGUUCCGGAGGACUGUAAUGCUGAAGAAGCUGCUCAAUUGCUCUAUGAAUUUGACAGACAAGUUCAGAGCAGCGAUGACGAGGAUAUGUCUGAUGACGUUGAUUCGGACGACGAUGAAGGAAGCGAUGAAGGAAGCGAUGAAGAAAGCGAAGAAGAAAGCGAAGAGGAAAGCGAUGAAGAUGAUGAGUCUGAAGAGGACUGA